AUGCGCUGCCUAUUCGGAGAGGUCAUGGCUGGGAACUACAUGGUGCGCAACACCGCCUUCGCCAGGGCCUUCCUGCGGCGCUGGGCAUGGUACAACACCGUGAUGCCCAGGGGGGGCUUCUCCUCCUCGGACAACGGGGCGAUCCACCUGCUUGUCAUGGAGACGGUCCAGGUGGAGGGUUACGAUCGCUGCUUCAACCUUUACCGGAAGCUUGACAGGGGCGUCAACGACUUGAGCAAGUACUGGGAGUUCGUGAAGUGCACGCACGGUGCCAUAGGUCCCCCACGCGCGUGGCAGAUGAAGAGCGGCUCCCUGAUCGUGUGGCCUCGCCUUCAGUUCUUCGUGGUGGACGGGAUGUUCGUCAACAAGCUGGCCAGCGACGACAUCGGGCCCGUCAUGCACCACGGCAUCAAGGAUGCGAAGGACGUGACGACGCACUACUGGAAGGAUCUCCGCUCCUGCUCGCUGAACGCGGCCAACGUGACCGUCAGUGCCUCCGACCUCGGGCAGGAGUUCCUGAAGCUCGCCAGGAACUACCCCGAGCACUACCGGCAGGGCAACGGCUGCAGGCAGUGCGCCGACGCUGCGUCGCCACAUUCGCGUGCCCGCCCCUGGCGGACACGGAGGCGGACGAGCAGCUGGGCCUGCCGCGGCGGACCUGCGAGGGCCCCGCCUCGCUGCCGGCGCCGUUGUCGGACUGCGGUGCGGGCUAGGGGCGCUACUCUCCACCUCGGCGCGGCAGCUGCGGGGCGCCUCGGCGCGGGGCCGCAGUUUCCGCGGAGCUUUCACGGAGCGACGGGCGCGACCCGCGCUGCCGGCGCGGCGCUGCGCGCUGCCGCCCCGCGAUGUCGGCUCUGCGGCGCGAUGUCGGCUCUCCGGCGGCGGCCCCGCUUUUGGGGCGGG